CGUAGCGAGAGCAGCUGUUCAUGGCGCGAGUGUGUCUCUCAUAAUUUUUUUGUUGUUGCCGCGUGGACAAGCCAUAGCACAUGGUUAUGUUCAGUUUAGUUCAGACGUUCUCUUGUGCGCGGGGUUUAUGUUGUUAAAACUAUUAUCAAAAACAUAAACAAUUGAAUUGAUUUAUAAUCAAACAGUGACCAAAGAAAAUGGAUGAGUUAUCUGACUUCAUUAGUGGCAUGCCCAACUGGAGCGUGACCAAUGUAUUCCGCGUGCUUACUCGCCGCAAGCCGCUGGAGGACUCCAGCGAGUCCAAGCUGGCCAAAGUGCUGAGCGCCUUUGAUUUGACUGCGCUGGGCAUUGGCAGCACGCUUGGUGUGGGCGUCUAUGUGCUGGCUGGUGAAGUAUCCAAGAGUCAUGCGGGUCCAGCUGUUGUUAUUAGUUUUCUAAUCGCCGCCGUCGCCUCCAUCUUUGCUGGACUUUGCUAUGCGGAAUUUGGUGCACGUGUGCCCAAGGCGGGCUCCGCUUAUAUUUACAGCUAUGUCACCAUUGGCGAGUUCAUUGCGUUUCUCAUCGGCUGGAAUCUCAUUUUGGAAUACGCAAUCGGUUCCGCGAGUGUUGUCAAAGGUCUGAGCACGUAUCUGGACUCGCUUUGUGGCUACGCUAUGCGUGACUUUCUGGCGGAGCAUCUACCCAUCAAUAUACAAGGCCUGAGCGCGUAUCCAGAUCUAUUUGCUUUUAUUGUCACCAUUGUGUUCUCCUGGGCAAUAGCUGCGGGCGCCAAGGAGUCCACACGCGUUAACAAUGUGUUCACCAUGCUGAAUCUGGGCGUGGUGCUGUUUGUCAUCAUUGCGGGACUCUUCAAGGUUUCUAUAAGCAACUGGACCAUACCCAAGUCGGAAGUGCCUGAGGGCUAUGGCGAUGGCGGCUUUAUGCCCUAUGGCGUCUCUGGCAUUAUCAAGGGCGCAGCUGUUUGUUUUUACGGCUUUAUUGGCUUCGAUUGCAUUGCUACCGCUGGCGAGGAGGCAAAGAAUCCCAAAAAGUCCAUUCCCUUUGCUGUCAUCGUGUCGCUGGCCAUGAUCUUUCUUGCCUACUUUGGCGUCUCCACUGUGCUCACCAUGAUGCUGCCGUACUUCUCUCAAGAUGAGAGCGCUCCACUGCCGCAUGUAUUCCGCAUUUAUGGCUGGCAUGUGGCGGAGUAUGUGGUUACCAUUGGCGCUAUGUUUGGCCUGUGCGCCAGUUUAAUGGGCGCCAUGUUUCCACUGCCGCGCAUUGUCUUUGCCAUGUCCAAUGAUGGAUUGCUGUUUAAAUUCCUUGGCGAGAUUAGCACCAAGUACAAGACGCCAUUCAAGGGCACCAUGAUCACGGGACUGCUCACUGGCAUACUUGCUGCCAUCUUCAAUCUCAGUCAGCUGGUUAAUAUGAUGUCCAUUGGCACAUUGCUAGCCUAUUCCAUGGUGGCCAGCUGCGUGCUCAUCUUGCGCUACGAUGUGGAUGAGCGUCGUGAGUCUCGCAUUAUGAGCAAUGGACUCAGCCAUACACCAGAGCAGCCUUGUGCGCUCUGGCGCCGCCUCUUCAAUCUCAAUCGCCAAACCGUUGCCAAUAAGCAAUCCUCACGCGUCGUCACUGUGCUGGUUACACUCUUCUCUGCCUGGUGUCUGGUGUUCUCACAAAUUCUAACCAAAUUCGAGGAAGAUCUGGAGCAUGUUACGCACUUUGAUGUGCUGCUGCUUAUUGUGGCUGGCAUUCCAUUGGUUGUUAUGCUCUAUAUGAUUCAUCGUCAACCCACCUCGGGCGUGCAGUUGUCCUUCAAGGUGCCACUGGUGCCUUGGCUGCCUGGCAUCUCCAUACUCAUCAACAUCUAUCUGAUGAUCAAGCUGGAUAUACUCACCUGGGUGCGCUUUGCCAUUUGGAUUAGCAUUGGCUUGGCCAUCUUCUUGGCCUAUGGCAUACGUCACAGUCGUCUGCGUCAGCGCGAGCAGCGCAACAGUUCCAUAACCAUGCUGAGCGUCUCCAGCGAAACUGCGCUGCUGCAGCGUGCCAAAUAUGGGGAUAGCCCCAGUUUAGGUAAUGAUAUUCAACUCAAAUUUUUGCCCAGCUCGGCCUGAGUACUUUAGAUGUUGCAAAGACAUUUUUUUUAUUAUUUGUUGUAUUAAAACAUAGCUAUAAGUUGCAUAUUUUAUCAUCACACAUACACACGCUACUAUAUUUAUAUGCAUGUAAAUAUAGAGCCAGCAAUUCCGCUUGUAAUAAUCACACGUAUAGUUGUUAGAUAGAACCAAAAAUGUAAGCGUCAUGUACAAGCAAAUAGGCAAUAAGUGAAUACACAUUUGUAUUUAUUGAGUAAUUAAUUAAAUAUUUAUUAUUGUCUCAG